AUGAUUCAAAAUAAAUUAAAAUUGAGAGAUCUUGUGCUGGGUUUUAUGAUAUUUCUUCUGAUCGGUUCAUACUUCCAACAAAAUGUUCUCCUACCCAAGUGGAGUCUUGAUGUUGACGAGCGUCUGAGCAGCAUCCAUCCAGACAUAUACGCCCUCAAUGGCUCUCAGUUGGAGUUCGAGUACAACAGGUACGUAAGUGAAAAUGAAGUCGACUGCAAGAAAUCAGUGAGGAUAGGCAACGUGGGAGAUGGGGGCUGGGACGUUUGUGUUGACGGUCUCUAUCUGCCUCGACAGCCCUGCCUCGUCUACUCUUUCGGCAUAAAAGAUGAUUGGUCCUUCGAUGAUGGCACGGUAAGCUCGUUCAAUUGCACGGUACGUGCCUUCGAUCCGAGUAUAACGUCGCUGUCGCCCAAAAGAAACGAAUCAAUAUACUUCUACUCGGAAGGCCUGGCUGGUUCCAACAAAAACAAUAGUAAACAUUGGAAGCUUAGAACACUAAAUUCUUUUAGGGAAAUGUUCAAUGAACAAAAUAGUACAAUCGAUUACCUAAAAAUAGACAUCGAGAGUUAUGAAUGGGAGUCGAUGGAUACAGCUGUCAAAGAUGGUUCUUUGAGGAAUGUUAAGCAGAUUGGUGUUGAGUUUCACAGGACCGGCACGCUCACAAAGGAAUUCUAUCUGGAUAAGUUGAACACUUUUGCUCGUCUGCAUGAUGCUGGUUUUCGAAAGUGGCGCACCCAUCUGAAUGUUCCUUGUGGAGUCCUGUACUCAGACAUCACGCAGGGUUUCAUGUCCAUCUGCAACGAACUUUACUAUCUCAACUUGCUUUAUAGCUGA